AUGGCGCCAAUGAGAAAACAAGACAGUAAUUACAGUAGUAAUCACUCGGGCGAGGGCGCCGUCCGCGAGGCCAACGUCCUCGCCUCGUGCUACCUCGUCGACCACGCCGCCGCCCUCCGCGGCCUGCACUACUGCACUACCUUCGCCACAGGGGCAGAGUGCCCCCCCCUCGCGGCCCUCACCGCGUCCAACGAGCUCGCGCUGACGCCCAAGCGGAAGCAGCAGCGCGGCUCGCAGGCUACGUCCGGUUCCGGCGCCAGCUUCAAUAGCCGCCGAGGGGGGGCAGCACUGCGCAUCAGGGAAGAAUGUGAGAGGUUCUUUUGCGAGUCCAUGCGGGCUGUGUUCCACGGUGAGAGGGACACGGCCUCGCGCGGCUCCGGCCUGACGGGUGCUUAUUACAGCCAUCAUCAUCAUGAUCAUUCUGGCAACGCUUCCAGGAGGAGCGACUACAACAACGGCCAGCUCUGCACGCCGCCCGAGAACGACUAUCCCACCGACCGGUACGCGGUGUCGUCGUCGUCGUCGUCUCCCGCCGCCGGCUGCAGCGUCGAGGUGGCCGCCUGGCUCGAGAUCUGGGACUACGCCGGCGGCGCGAGCUUCCGCGCCUUCCUGGCCGAGGACGCCGACGGCGAGAAGUCGCUGUUUGCCUUUUUCGACGCCGGCACCGCCAACAGGGACUUGAAGCAAGGCCUCAUGGCGCUCAUCGAGCUCGCGGACGGGCCCCUGGGCUGCGCCCAGCUCGUCGUCUGCCUCGACCGCCGCAUGCUGGCCGCCAGCCCCGAGCCCGACGGCGGCGAGAACAAGCUGAUCAAGGGCCUGCAGUGGGCCGGCUUCUCGCUGGCCUCGCUCGACCACUGGGCCCCCGGCUGCGUCGACGUGACCAGCGACCGCUGGCUCUUUAUGGGCAUGGAGAUCUAA